AUGGCCGACGAACCCUCCUUCACCAGCUUCCACAACAUCGUCGCCGGAAAGCCUCGCGGCUCGGAAAAGACCUCGUACACGGUCGAUCCGGCCACGCUGGAAAACCUGUGGGAGAUCCCCGUCGCCACGGAGCAGGAUGUCCACGACGCCGUCACGGCGGCCAAGGACGCCUUCAAGUCAUGGAAGAAGACGCCGUUCGACGAACGACUGCGGUUGUUGAAGGCCUGGGGCGACGCUUGCCGGCCGUAUCUGAAGCAGUUCGGCGAAGUCAUCAUGAAGGAAAAUGGGAAACCGAGAGCGUUUGGUGAAUUCGAGGCCAACCACUCCUUCAACGAGGCCUUCAACUACUUCCUCACCCUGAAGUUUCCCGAGGAAGACCACACGGUCAACGACCGGGACUACCAUGUGCGAUACACGCCUCUGGGGGUUGUGGUGGCCAUCUGCGCCUGGAACUUUCCGCUCGGCCAGCCCGUCAUGAAGGCUCUGCCGGCGUUGCUGGCGGGCAACACCUGCAUCGUCAAGACAUCCCCCUUCACCCCCUACAGUGGCAUGAAGGUGGUGGAACUGGCCCAGAAGAUCCUGCCGCCGGGCGUGCUACAAGUCCUCAGCGGCGACGACCGACUCGGGCCCUGGCUCACCCAUCAUCCUUGGGUGAACAAGAUCUCCUUCACCGGCUCCACGGCGUCGGGAAGAAAGGUGGCCGAAGCCGCGGCCAAAGGACUCAAACGCGUGACCCUGGAGCUCGGUGGAAACGAUCCGGCCAUCGUAUUCCCGGAUGUCGAUGUGGAGAAGAUCGCGCCUGAUCUCUGCUUCGGCUCCUUCUGGAACACGGGACAGGUGUGCACGGCGGUCAAGCGGAUCUACAUCCACAAAGACAUCUACACGCAGCUACUCGACGCCAUGGCUCGCGCGGUGAACAAGUGGAAGGUCGGGGCCGGCACGGAAGCCGGAGCCAUGGUGGGGCCGAUGCAGAACGAGAUGCAGUACAAGAAGGUCCGAGGCCUUUUUGAGGAGGCCAAGCAGAAGGGUUAUGCGGCCAAGUUCGGCGGAGACGUCAAGGACACCAAGGGCUUCUUCUUGGAGCCCACCAUCAUCGACAACCCGCCACCGGACUCGACGCUGGUGACGGAGGAGCAGUUUGGACCAAUCGUGCCGGCCAUUCCGUGGUCCAGCGAAGAGGAAGUGAUUGAAAGUGCCAACAAUACCGCCAUGGGUCUGGGCGCCAGUGUCUGGACCAAGGAUCUCGACCGCGCCCGCCGGGUGGCCGAGCAGCUCGAGGUCGGCAGUGUGUACAUCAACAGCUACGAGAAGGUCUCGUUCCGAGUGCCGUUUGGCGGCCACAAGGACAGCGGCAUCGGCGUCGAGUGCGGCCCCAACGCCCUGGUGCCGUUCUGCAACAUGCAGGUGCUGCACUACAACUUCAAGACGGCGUAG